CGUAUGUGUUCUAACGAAAGCACGAGAAAAUAUGUUCUGUUCAUAUAAUUUGUCUGAAUCUUUUUGCUAAAAAUAAACAAGAACAAUCCUUCAGAAAUUAUUAAGCAGACUAGACACAAAACUCAUGCUUAGCGUCAGUUCGGAUUCGGUGUUGGGCUAAAUUGAACACCGACCGUGUGAACAAUCAUGAAGAGAAUUAAGUGUGUGCUGGUUGGAGAUGGAACAGUAGGAAAAACAUGUUUGCUGCUCCGGCUGACCGAAGACAAGUUUGCCUACGAUUAUUUGCCCACUGUUUUCGACACGCGCAACUACCAUUUGACGAUUGAGGGAGAAACCUACAGCCUGGAAUUAUGGGACACGGCUGGGCAAGAGGACUACGACACACUGCGACCCCUAUCCUACCCUAACACAGAUGUAUUCAUCCUCUGCUUCAGUGUCACUAGCGUGUCCUCAUGCAAGAACAUAUACAGCAAAUGGAUGCCCGAAUUAAAAAGUUUCUACCCCCAGUGUCCAAAUGAGUGUCCGGUGGUACUAGCCGCACUCAAGAUUGACAAACGCAAAGAGAACCCCAAUGGCACUAUCGCCUCCUUCGAGACAAGCAAUUUGGCGCAGAAGAUAGGGACCACAUGGUACCACGAGUGUUCGGCCAAAGACGACAUGGGAAGGGAAGAUGUGAAAAGGGUGUUUGAGAAAGCGGCCCUCGCAGCCAUCGAUGCCAAUGUAGUGGCGAUAGCUUCGAAAAAGAAAAGGAAAAGGAGAUGCAUAAUUUUGUAAUCGAAAAGUUGUGCUUGCUGAAUACCAUUUAAAAGUUUUGAUAUUGUCAUGUAAAACGUCAAAAAGUCUUUAGCCCAGAAUUUUGUUCGACAUCAAACCACUUUGAAGCAAUACUGUGCUGAUUUAAAUUACCCGGACACAACGCAUUAAAAUCAAAAUUUGGGUUGAUUUUACGUGAAAAACGAUAACGAUACA